GCUGUCUCUUCUCUGGCAGAUGAUGCGGUAUUAUACUCUAUCUCUUAUGACGUACGGUGACAGUGACAAGAAACUUACCGAACAGGAAGUCAUCGAGUGGUGUAACAAGAAGCUGAAGGAGGACAAGGUGAAGAAAGGUCGCCAUGUUUUCAGGAACUUCAGAGUUUCUACUCUGACGAGCAGCCAGGCAAUGUUGGAUCUGAUAGAUAUCAUUCAACCGGGGAGUAUAGGCUAUGAUAUGGUGGCAGCGGGGAUUACUCCUGAGGAUAAGUUGGAGAAUGCCCGUUACUGUUUAACUAUGGCGAGAAAGAUUGGAGCUACAGUAUUUGCACUGCCCGAGGACAUUAUUGAGGGCAAUAACAAAAUGAUAGGACUUGUUUUCGCUAGGCUGAUGAAAGUUGGUGCCAACCUGUAACAUAAUCCUGGAAUUUUCAUAAGGAAAGAUGAACUCUUCAGGCGAACGCUAUUUCGUCACAUCCUCUGCUUGAACAAUGGA